CUCUAGUCCAUGACCGUGUGCUUCAAGAAAAACCAGAAAACAGGCAUGCAAAUGUGAAAGCUUUUCCCUAUACAAAAUACAGCUAUUAAUAUUGGAGUUCUUCAUUCUCUCUCUCUCUCUCUCUUUCUAUCUACCCUUUUCUCUCUUUCAAAUCAAUUGACGAUUUCUUGAAUCAUUUCGCCUUUUUUAUUGAUGCCAUUUGAUGGGUUCUGUAUUUUCCUUUCUCCCAACGCGAAAAACCAUUCCAACCACCUCGAUUACACAAAUGGGUAUCGGAGAUUUACCGGAGGGUUGCGUAGCAGCGGUGUUAUCGCAUCUUGAUCCGCCAGAUAUAUGUCGACUCGCAACUCUAAAUCGAGCUUUCUACGGUGCUUCAUCUGCUGAUUUCGUUUGGGAAUCGAAAUUGCCUGUUAAUUAUGAAUUACUUAUCGAUAGGGUUUUUGAUAAUCCUCCGUUAGGGUUGUGUAUGAGAGAUAUCUAUUCAUUGCUUUGUCGGAAGAAUGAUAUUGAUGAUGGAACGAAGAAAGUUUGGCUGGAUAAAGUCACUGGAAAGACUUGUUUAUCAAUUUCUUCAGAUGGGUUGUCAAUGACUGGAAUAGGUGAUCGGAGAUAUUGGAAUCGGAUAUCAACUGAUGAAUCUAGGUUUGGGAAAAUUGCUUACCUUCAACAAACAUGGUGGCUAGAAGUAGACGGAGAAGUGGACUUCCCAUUCCCACCCGGAACCUACAGUCUAUUCUUUCGACUUCAAUUGGGAUAUAGCUCGAAGAGAUUUGGUCGAAAGAUAUGCAACGAUCAACAUGUUCACGGGUGGGACAUAAAACCUGUUCAAUUCAAAUUAUCAACAUCUGCAGGUCAGGAAGCCAUUUCACAUGUAUUCUUUGGAGAAACCGGAAAAUGGAUUCACCAUCACGUGGGUGAUUUUGUUAUCGACGGUUCUAGUGAAAAGACAAAGAUCAGAUUCUCGAUGACUCAAAUCGAUUGUACACAUACAAAAGGCGGGCUUUGUAUAGAUUCUGUUGCAAUUUACCCUAAGGAGAUUGAAGAAAGGUUGAAGCAUUGAUUUUUUUUUUUUUUUGAGAUUUUGCUUCUGUUAAAUCCUUUUUCAUAGGUAUUAGGAAUCAAGAGGUGGUGGAGAGAGGCAUAGCUUUUUUUUAUAUAUGCAAACUCUGAAAUUAGGUUAAGGAAACAUAAUAUGUUUCUUUUGUGUGUCUUUUUUUUUGUUCUUAUUUGGGAUUUGGAGGAUAUUAGGUUCUUUAAGUGUCUGUUUGGGUAUAGGUUUUUGUCAACUUUAUCUGAAUAUAAUGGAUUUACAUUGGCAUAA